AUGCUCUCCGACCGGCUGAUUGACUUUGUCAACUUCAUCAACACCACCUGGAAGGCUGGUCGCAACUUUGGUCGCCGAGUUCCGGAAAGUUACAUCCGUGGUCUGAUGGGCGUCAAGCCAAAGGAGGAUUCGCCCGUUCGACUGCCGCUCCUACUUCACGAUGACGUAUCCGGUCUGCCCGAGUCAUUUGACUCUCGAACUGCCUGGCCCAAGUGCCGUUCCAUUAGCGAGAUUCGCGACCAGGGAAGCUGCGGUUCAUGCUGGGCUUUUGGCGCCGCCGAGGCCAUGUCUGACCGCAUUUGCAUUGCUUCUGGCGGCAAGCUGCAGGUGGAGGUCUCCGCCGAAGAUCUGCUGACCUGUUGUUCCGGCUGUGGGUCGGGCUGCAACGGCGGCUUCCCUUCCGCCGCCUGGAGCUACUACAAAAGUCACGGUCUGGUGUCGGGCGGUCUGUGGAACUCCCACCUCGGCUGUCAGCCGUACGCCAUUCCUGCCUGUGAGCACCACACCACCGGCAACAGGCCGCCGUGCAGCGACAUUCUGCCGACGCCGAGGUGCACCAAACGGUGCAUUGACGGCUACAACCGCACCUACAGCCAGGACAAGCACUACGCCACCCGGGCGUACACUGUUCUGAGCAAUGAGAAGCAGAUCAUGAAGGAGAUCUCCACUAAUGGCCCAGUUGAAGCUGAUUUCACCGUGUACGCCGACUUUGUGCAGUACAAAUCAGGCGUCUACCAGCGACACUCGCGGGAAGCACUGGGCGGGCAUGCGAUUCGCAUCCUCGGCUGGGGCGUGGAGAAUGGCGUCAAGUACUGGCUCUGUGCCAACUCUUGGAACACUGACUGGGGUGACAAGGGCUACUUUAAGAUUCUGCGAGGUGCUGGAGAGUGCGGAAUUGAAGACGACAUUAACGGUGGCACGCCGAAAAAGGAGGAUUGA